GCAGCUCCCACGGCACCCCAGACUCGGCUGCACGCCAUGGGGGGUCUGAGGCCCUGGGCCCGCUACGGGCUCCUGGUUGUGGCCUACCUGCUGGCCCUGGGGCUUGGGGCUGCCGUGCUCCAGGCCCUGGAGGGGCCCCCAGCACUCAGGCUCCAGGCCGAGCUCAGGGCGGAGCUGGCCAACUUCAAGGCCAUGCACGGGGCCUGCCUGCCACCCAGAGAACUGGAGGAACUGCUGGGCACUGCCCUGGCAGCCCAGGCCCAUGGGGUCUCCAGCCCGGGCAACGGCUCUGAGGUCAGGAACUGGGACCUGCCCUCGGCCCUCCUCUUCACUGCCAGCAUCCUCACCACCACGGGUUACGGCCACAUGGCCCCGCUGUCCGCAGGCGGAAAGGCCUUUUGUGUGAUCUACGCAGUCCUGGGGCUGCCAGCCUCCCUAGCCCUUGUGGCCACCCUCCGCCACUGCCUGCUGCCUGCACUCAGCCGCCCAGGGGCCUGGGUGGCGGCCCGCUGGCAGCUGUCACCACCCAGGGCAGCGCUGCUGCAGGCAGCUGGACUGGGCCUGCUGGUGGCCGGCACCUUCGUGCUGCUGCCAGCGCUGGUGCUGUGGGCUCUGCAGGGCGACUGCAGCCUGCUCGAGGCCAUCUACUUCUGCUUUGGGUCGCUCAGCACCAUCGGCCUGGGUGACCUCCUGCCCAGCCAUGGCCGUGGGCUGCAUCCGGCGAUCUACCACCUCGGCCAGCUGGCACUUCUCGGUUACUUGCUCCUAGGGCUCCUGGCCAUGCUGCUGGCCGUGGAGACCUUCUCGGAGCUGCCGCAGGUCCAGGCCUUGGUGACAUUCUUCGGGUCCAGGGGCGCAGGGACUGCCGAGGACCAAGGUGGCAUCCUAGGCCAGGAUGAACUGGCUCUGAGCAGCCUGCCGCCCACAGUCCCCGCCUUGGGACAGGCCCCGGCUUGCUGA